AUUGUUGCUCUUGCAGCCACGUGUGCCUUUUUAGAACACAGUUCUUCGUUGCAAUCGUCAGAAAGAAAGGCAUCGAUUCGAAGAUGGACGGAGGGUCCUUUCGACGAUCCAAUCUUCUCAGACUUUGGCGGUCGAGGAGGUUCGGGAGUGCACAGUAUUCAGGUGAUGCUCUGCUUACACGGUGGACAUCACGGUGGCGAUUUAAUGCCAACCGGGGGACACCUGCACAAGGUGGAUUCUUCCAACAGUCCACCCGCUCACCAUCAGACGUCCCAUCAUCAUCUGCAGCAACAACAACAGCAGCAGCAGCAGCAGCAGCGCAGCAGCAACAAGAAAGAGUUAAAGGCUGAACUAGCUGGAAUGUACGCACCGCUUGCUCAACAACUCGGUAUGUAACACACCUCGACGUCGAGCGCAACGCCGACCUCGACAACCCUCCAACAGGGCUUACAGCUUGGAAAUUCUCUGAAAGACAAGCCGGAAGAUCCGAUGAAACCCCUUGCCCCAGUAGCGAGACCCCAGCCUGCUAAGAAGGACUCUAAAAAGAAGACUGCUAACAAUGGAAUCAAGGAAAAAGAAAAUAGAACCACGUUCACCGCAUAUCAGUUGGAAGAGUUAGAGAGGGCAUUCGAACGUGCACCGUAUCCUGGCGUGUUUGCACGCGAAGAACUCGCUUUGAAGCUAGCACUGUCGGACUCCAGGGUUCAAGUUUGGUUCCAGAAUCGACGCGCAAAAUGGCGAAAGAGGGAACCUCCCCGCAAAUCUGCCGGCUACAUGGCUGCUGGUUCAGCGAGUCCUGGUUUGUCAGGUUCGUUCACCUCGCCUGACACAACACCCUGAAACCCGUUCGCUUCUCCAACAACGGCGACCGCCCCCCCCGAUGCAUGGGCGUAUUCACCAGCCUAUGACCUGGCACCGCAUCUGAAUCUCCUAAGUUCCUCCAACUCUCCUAUCACCUCGUUUGGUGGACCGAGUAACAAUGGAUCGGCGUACACAUACGGGACGAUGCUACCGCAGCACGAUGCCUCGUUGUUCUCCACACCCUCGGGAAACACGAUGCGCGUCCAUCAGGAUUACAUGAAUGCUAGCAACAGUCCACCACCGCCCUUGACUCGCAACGAUUACCAAACUAUGGUCACCACUCAUUCGCCGCCAACUCAUCUGGCCAACUCCAUGUCCGAGGAGGGAACAUCAAACAGGAAUAAGCAACUGGACUAUGUCAGUGGGCUCAGUCCAGCAGAUCAGUAUCAACCCGAACAGCCAGAUUACACGCAACAGCAGCAACACAGCAACAACAGCAACCGGAUCCAGAAACAAGAAUACGGGAUGCACUCGCGCCAUAGGGUACGUCAGUGUGGAUGAAAGGAACAAGUGAUGGUAAAGAGUGAACCCACCAGCCAACAGAAUUACGUACAGUUGCCCUCCUUUUCUGAACUGACUCGAAACCUCCGUUCUAAACUUGUUCUAAAAGAAGACGGUUGCUUCCGUUUAUCGUCUUCCUUCUCAGAGGAUUUCACAUUUGAUAUUGUUUAAUGAAAAAUUUUUUUUCCUUCAUUGAAUAAGAGAGACUUUGCUCUUUUGUAAUAUGUUGGAAAAAGGUAAGGGUAAAAGGAAAUAUUAUAUAUGAAUGCAGUUUAUAAUUGCAGUAAACAAUGUGUAUAGGAAAAGAGAAACAAUACCCUUUGACUACAAAAUGAUUAUAUUAAAGAAA